GUUCGGUUCAAUUGUGCACAGCUAAGCUCGACAGCGCGUAUCUCAUCGAUACGUUUAGCGGGUACUUGGGUUAGCCAUGCUAUUAUAAUAGCCCCCGAAUGUUCGUACAUACAUACUCGUAUGUGGUUCGUGGAGGCACACAUACGCUUCGUUUCGUUUUUGAUGUUGUUGGUGUGUUUGUGCGGCGCGCACUCCGUAGAAUGACCAAUUCGUACUCGUAAAGUACGUUCGUACGAAACACGUUGGCUCGCUGGCACACACGUCGUCGUUGUUGCGCCGUUAGGUGGUUCACGUUGUAUUGUUGUUGUUGUUGGUGGUUGGUGGUGCUGAGGUCGUUUCGGUCGUCUGCCGUAUAACAUUACAGGCGAUACGAUUUCAGCAGUGCAGCCGCAGCAGCGCCAGCACCAUCGGAGACAGGCAGGCAGGCAGGCAGCCAAACACAGUCAGGCCAGCAAGCGAGCAGUAGUGAGGCAGCAGCGACGACGGUGUGCUAUGAAGCCUCCUCCUCUUUCUUCAGCAUUCGAUUUCAGUACGAAUCCGUAUCGUAUCGGAUUCAUUCAACACUGAACAAGACAUCUAGCAUUUAGUUUGUAUUUGGUAAGCGUACGUUUCAGUUCUGUGGCAACUGUCGUCGGGUUAAGAACGUUGGAAACGCUUCAGUUCAAAAAAAUUUCACACACACACACACCCAUAUAUAUGAAAAAAGCAAUGAAUUAUAUUUUAAUAAAAAAUAAAUAAAAUCAUUUAUGAGUAAAAGUUAAAAAAAAAACAACAACAAAAAUAAAAAUAAAAUUAAACGAUUUUGUGAAGCAAAAUAUGAAAACGUGUGAAACUAGUGAAACGCGUUAUUUUUGAAAGUGUCAAGAUUUAAAGAAAAUUCAAUUGGAAAAGUGCAAAAAUCUAGAUAUCAAAGUGCAUUGCUGAAAAUACGAAAAUUUAUGCAAUUUAACGGUAUAAAAGUGAAAAUUUAGUGUAAAAAACAACGCUGAAAAAACAAAGUGUUUUGCGAAAUUUUGAAAAAAAAAAUAAAUUGAAGAUUUUUUAAACAAAAAGUGUAAUUCACAGCAACAAAAAAUCAGUCACUAAAAAGCAUUCAAAUUUUGUUCGAAAAAUUAGCAAAAUAUAAAUUUUCAGCUUAAAGGUUAAAAAUAAUAUUGAAAAUUUUCGAAACAUUGCUAAAAUUUAAAGCAAAAGUGUAGCACGCAAACGUUUAAAAAUAAAAAUUAAGAAAAAAAAAACAAUUUUUGUUACGUGUCGAAGCAAAGUGCAAUAAGUUUGCGGUGAUUAAUUUUGAAAAUUUGAAUUUUUUCAAAACAGUUUUUGAAAUCUUAAGCGAGUAUUGAAAAAAGUGCAUACUGCUUUUACAUUAGUGCAUUAACAAAACUAAAGCAGUGAAUUUCAAUUGGUUUUGUAUAUAAAUUCAAUUUAUUUAUACAAAAACACAGCCAAUGUUGCAUUUUUGUGGUGUCGCACAAAUAACCAAUGUUGGAUUAUAAAUUAAACCCAUACAUUUGGGGGAUACAAUGAGGCCAGAAAGAUACGAUGUUACCCCAGUUAACGCUCAAUGCCAAGAAUACUAUUUUACUUAUGGUAAUGUUUGCCUUUGUAGUUCCAGCUUACACAAAAGCAAAAGACUAUGUCUUAAUGCUUACGACCCACAACGACCGAGCGCUACAUAUAAAUGACGUCGGCAAAGUGACUGCAGCUAACAUAGCAUUUGCACAGCCCAUAACCAUGGAUAAUGUUGGUGAUCCAUUUAAUGGCGAUCCAUUCUUUAUUACGCUUUAUGCCAAACAAGUUGGGCGAUAUUUGUGCUUUCGUAAUGGCAGAUUAGAGGGACUGAAACAGCUCACUCGCGACUGCCACUUCAGUGAGAGCAUCGAGCAUGGCCAUUUCAUGUACGCGAAUGCUUACAAUGCAACGCUGCGCGUGGGUUUCACGAAGCGAUUCAAGCCGAUUGGACCAAAGCGGCUGAAACAUGCGCGCGGCAUCAGCAAGGAUCACUUCCUCUUUGAGCGACGGCGCUUGGAAGAUAUUACUAUUAGUAGAAUCACCUCUUCAACAACAAGAAAAACAACAAGAAGAACAACCACACCUACCACCACCACCACCACCACGACAACAACUACCACAACACAUACACCACCCAAAGUCACACGCAUCCCACGCAAUAGAAAUAAUGCCCAUAAAAACAAUAACAAUGACAAUAGUUCCAUAUUGAGUAGCACCAUAGCACAGGAGAGCCUAGAGCAACCACAAAAAGGACUGCAUACAGAAGCUGCAAAGAGUAUUACUAAUGAUAAUAAUGAUAGCCAUAGUCUUAGUGAGGAUAAUAGAGUUAAUAAUAAUCAUAAAAACAACAACAACAAGGGCAACAACAAUAGGCCACAGCAACAAGAUGGCGGUCUGUUGGAAGAGCGCAUUCGUAAGUUGCAACACGCCGAACAACAUCCAUUGCGGCACGAUAAGAAUAGUAUUGAGAAGAAGAAUCAUCGUCGCCGACUACGCAAUCGGCGAAAACAGCAGCGGAAACGCCAACAGCAACAUAACCUGUCUACGAAGGGUGUGCUGAGCCACAACAACGGCACAAAAAUGGCGCGCCGCCGUCAACAUGAACGCGAGCAAUUGCUGCGCAAGCAGAGUCGUCACCGUCAGCAAUUGUUGGCGCGUCAUGAACAGCAACAGCGCCAACAGCCGCCACCGCCAGCGCGUGGACCGGGCGCGGCGGCCAGUUCGACGGCGUCAACAGCGGCAUCGGCGCUCACAGCCACUGCCGCAUCAUUGGUGCCGACAACGCUGAUCGACAUCAUGGCUAUGUUGGCCGCGUCGCGACGCAAGCGCGGACGACGAAAAAAGGAAGUUGCCGAGGAGGAGGAGGAGAGUGCAAGCGCGGGCGCGACAGAUAGUACGAGUGCGAGUGCGGGUGCGGGUGCCGGGGGUGGUGAUGCGCAAGCCGAUAUGCAAAUAGCAGUGGCGCAAGCAGCGCAACCCAAAAUUGUGGGCGAUGAGUUGGUGGUGAAGCGCGAUGCGCGCCUGUUGUCAGAACGCGAUGAGCAGGCGCCGGCGAGCGCGCAACGUCAAGCAGCGCUGGGUGCUGCGACGGAGGGUGUGGUGGAGGCGCCUGCGCACAGGCAUCGACAUCAGCAUCAACAGCGGCGCACGCAAGCGCAGUCCGUGGCCGUUGAACCAGUGAGAGCAGCGCAACAUGUUGCUGAGCAACAGCAACAAACAGAUGAAUACUCAAAUAGUUAUGUUAAUAGUAAUUUAAAUAGUAAUUAUAAACAAUUAAAUACUUACACUAAUGCUAAUGCGAAUGCUAAUAAUGGUAAUGAUAAUGUUAAUGCAAUACCUGCCUUGCCAAAAAACUACUUAUACGAGAAUACGCAACAGCGCGCCGAUUAUGAAGCACAUAGUCACGCAGAUGAUGCGCAUGAUAUUGAUAAUAAUAAUUAUAACAACAACAGCAACAGCAAUAGUAGUAGCAAACGUAGCGAUAGUCAAAGUAGUGAUAGUAUUUACCCUAGUAUGACUGAUUAUAGUAGUAAUAGUAAUUCUAAGUUUAGUCAACAACAGCAACAGCAACAGCAACAACCACAAGCAACACUUAACCACAUUAGACAUAGAUAUCGACGACGAGCUGCUGCCACCGAGGCCACAAACGAAGCAACGGUUGCAACAGCUCACGAACAACAACAGCAACAACAUAGUCAUGUUGAUACGAACGAAAAUGUUGCUGCAAGCAAUGUUGAUGGGCAUGUUGCUGAGCAACAGCAGCCUAUUCAGCGCGCACAGCAACAAGUUGCAGAGUUGGCAAAAAACGUUGAAGCUGCCGCGGAAGUGCAAGCUUCCGUGGUGGAUUUCGGGCGCCAACAACAAAAUCUUAAAACGACCACGAAUACGAAUACGAAUGCAAAUACAGCAACAAAAACAACACAAACUAAAACGAAUAUAAUAGCUGCGAAUAUCAAUACGAAUACAUAUAUGCAAGAUAACAACAAUAACAAUAACAACAACAAUGGAAAUAUUGAUAACAUUAGGCUUAAUAGUAAUGUUAAGGAGGUUAGUUAUAAAGAUAACGGUGACAUUAAUGUGAACACUGCGAUUGAAAAGCAAGUUGUUGCUGUUGCUGCUGUCAACGACGACGGCAGCGUGCGAGACAAUAAUGUGAAGCGUAACUUUUUUGAUAUACGCCUGCCGUUUUUUCGUCAACCUAGCAUCAAUAACAACAAUAUUAACCGUAAUAAUCGUAUUGUUAUGCCUAAUGUUGACAACAACAUUAAUAUGGCUGUCGUAGUUAAUGCGGCAGCUGCAAUGCAAAUGAAUGCGAACGCUAAUCACGAAGGCAAUGUGAAUCAAAUUAAUGCCAAUGCAAUUACUAAUGCAGCAACACAACAACAACAACAGCCGCAACAGCAACAGCAACCAGCAACAAUUAACGGUGCUGCUGCUGCUGCCACUGCAGCGGUUGUUGUUGUUGGCAAUUUAGCUUUUGCCGCUCGCUUAGCGCACGCAUACAAUUACGUUAAUCACAAUGUUAUUGAUGCUAUACAACAAAAUAUUUAUAAUAACAACAACAACAAUGCUAUUGCUAAUGCUAAUCAUGUUAUGAAUGAUGAUGCUGCUGCAAAUAUCGAUAAUCGAAAUAUUGUUAACGUGCAUGCUUAUCAGAAGCGUUUUUUUCGUAGCUUAAAUUAUGCUAAUACUAAUCACAAUGUGAAUAAUGAUAAUGAUAAUGUUAAUGAGAAUGACAAUGACAAUGACCCAGGCGUUGAUAAUGCAGAUGAUGAAUGGAAAAGAAAUCAUAAUAAAUAUGAUAUGACUAUAGUACAAUACAGUUAUGUAGUUGUCUUUUAUUAAAAGCUCGCUAAUGAG